GUCAAACAAAUAUUGAUUCACUUGACUUCUUAAAAUUCCUAUGUCGUCAUACACCUAACUAACGAAUAUUAGCUUCAUUUUGGUUUUAUAGUCUUGAAACUGCCUUUGAAAUUUGCCUUCAUGUCAAAAAUAUUGUUAAAAUAAGAAAAUAUGGCUUCGUUUGCCCUAAAUAUUUCGUUACAUCUACAAUUUUGCCAUAAGAGAAAAUAUAUUUACCGUUUCUGUGAUGUCAUUAAAAACAAUUUAUACAAAACCAAUGAAACACAAAACAUCCUUUGUGAUGCGACAAGGUUAUGCUGGUUAUGCUCACAAGUGUCACGUCAACAACAUUCGAUGUGUCGGUUGUUGUGGGUGAGGGGUUUAUAUUGAGUAACUGCGAAUAAGUUGGCAAUUUUAUCAUAUUUAUGGAAAGUAUGAUAGCCUCACUUUUAAGAGCGUUUCGCACGACAUCAGGGAUUCUUGCGUCUCGACAAAUGUCUAUGUCAACGCCAAUCGGUGAGGCGAGACGGGCGGCCUCGUCACUGCACAGCGUGCCGGCGACGCUGGACCGCCAGCAGGAGCUGCUGCUGGACGAGAUGUGUCUGCUGGUGGACGAGAACGACCGCCAGGUGGGCGCCGCCACCAAGCGGCGCUGCCACCAGUGGAGCGACGGCUCGUGCCCGCUCCACCGCGCCUUCAGCGUGUUCCUGUUCGACUCGCGCGACCGGCUGCUGCUGCAGCGGCGCUCCGACGUCAAGAUAACAUUCCCGGGCAACGUGACCAACACAUGCUGCAGCCACCCGCUGGCCGUGCCCGGCGAGACUGAGGCCGAGGGCGGCAGGGGCGUCAUCCGGGCCGCGCGCCGCCGGCUCGCCAUCGAACUCGGCAUCGACCCCAAACAGGUGCCGACCUCUGCCUUCCACUACCUGACGCGGAUGCACUACAAGGCGGCCUCGGACGGCGGCGUCUGGGGCGAGCACGAGAUGGACUACAUCCUGGUGGUGCGCGCCGACGUCGACCUGGCGCCCAACCCCAACGAGGUGAAGGCGGUCGACUACGUGGCGCGCCACGAGCUGACCGGCUUCCUGUCGGGUCUGCGGGCGGACGGCGUGCUGCCCACGCCCUGGUUCCAGCUCAUCAGCGACACGUGGCUGAUGCGCUGGUGGGAGAACCUGGACAGCCUGGCGCAGUUCGAGGACCACCAGACCAUCCACCGGCUGUGAGCGGGCUGUCGGCCGGCCGGCGCCCCCAGGCUGCGGCCGGCGCUGACGAGCCGCGGGCGGUCCGGGACGGAUGUAGGUAGGCCGGGACAGCGGGUACACGAUGGCUUGUGGGAGACCCGCCCGCUGUCGGGUAUCACCAUACCGUUAUGAAUCGGCGCCGCGUGGUCCCAUCAGUAGGUGAACCUCAUGUUACUUCAAGUCCGUGGCGGGGCACAGGCACGCUUUACUCUCCACAGCGGUGGAUCUGCUUCGCCCUCGACUCUUCCAAUGCCCACAUUUUUUCCAAACAAGUGCACUUUGAAGCGAAAGGAUGGUCGUUACGUUUAUGUCAUAUGUAAUGCCAUGUACGAUAAAAAGUUUCAAAUUUCCUGUGAAAAGUUUGCCAGCAUGCACAAUCCCAAGCGUGGGGACGCGCCGCCGUACCCCUCCCCCGCUCCCACACCGCCCCUGUCGGUCCCCGCCGUCCGUCCUGUCAUCUUGGCUCGGGCCUCCGUCAGUACCGGGUUAUAUUUGGAUAGUGAGUCGCCCACACCACAGGGCUCCGGCUCCGUGACUGACCGCUCACGGCCGCACGAAUUCAUCGUUCAGCCUAGUAACGUAGUAAUUUAUACCGUAGUUAAAUCGUAGCAGAAAAACGAUGGGCAGAUGCAAUCGUACGGCAAAUAGCGUUUUAUGAAAUGUUGUCUGUUGACAUUUGUAUAUUUAGAUUUAAUAGGAGGGGCUGAUGGCGACUUUUCAUUGAUAUUUCUUUUUGCGCAGAUAAGGGCGUAAACAUCACACAUUCAUUUAACCAUUGUUUGACUUUUUCUUCCACCGCUGGUUGAGUAAGCAGGUGUGCCAACGGCUGAUCUGCUUGCGAAAUGUGUGCUGGUUGCUGAAUGUCAUGUCGUUGCCUUCUAGUUUCGCACGAAUUAGACCACUGACGUGGGCUAGCGAUGCCGUCUGAAGUCGUUGCUGUGCCCAUAGAUGAAUUAAUGCUCAUUUAGGGCCGCCCCGCCGUGUACCGACACCCCGAAUCCUCCCUAGCUCUGCCGUCCGGCCCGCGGCUACCCCUCCCCCUCUCCCGCGCCGGAACGUCCGGUCGCCUAUCGGGACAUCGCUUCCGCUCUGUCCGGCAUGGUCUGAGACCCAUUCAAAGUACACGUAUAUUCGUUGUUUCAGUCCAGUCACAGUAUUCAACAUUUCUCCUCGACCGUUUCUGUCGUUUGUCGCAUAGUCUACCGAAUCGUAUUGCAGAAAGCAAGCAAUUAAUCAAAAUGUCGGCGACCGAGCCAUGCCGGCUACCUGUGAUGGCUCAACCUAUUACGGAGCUUGGCGGAGCAGUCGUGCCGGCUGAUGAGUAGGGAAUCGCUGUACCGCGAAGGCGCGGACUGGAGUCCAGCUCAGCUAAACGGCCAUCUACCGACAUUCCAAGAGAUACUAACGCGAAAACACCCGAAUUAAUCCCAAUCCAAAUCCUUCUGCUGUCUUAGUUUUCAAAGACGUGUUCUCAGUAUUCAGUUGUGUGCUUCUGUCAGUAACGUCACCAAUGCUUCAUUGCCUGCUUGUGAGUCUGGUCUGCCCAGUAUUACGUUGCACCGUCCUGCGGUGCGGCUUGUACGCGAUAUUCGCUCGGGUGUGUCGCUUUGCUCACCGUUAGUCGUCCGCGAACCGGGCGGUCUCCGGUGGAAGUGAGCCGGGUCGGCUCCCUGGCGGAGAGUGAGCCCGGUGUCUGCGAGUCGCGGCCGUGGCGUGUCGCGGCCGAGUGUGCGGCGCCAGGCGAGCCACAAGGAGUCACAGCAUUGACUUCUUAUCAGACUACGUUCCUCGCGUCUUCGCUCACGAUGUCUAUUUGUGUAUUUUGUACAUGAAGCUUUGCUACAAGUUUGUUUUUCUUUGCUGCUGUUAAUUAUUUGAACUAUCGAACAAAUAUACUGUAAGUCAUCCUUUCUA